AUGGUGCUCCUCAACCUGCUGACUCUGGGACUCUGGUCAAAGGUCGGACGGUUGACACACUAUGCCUUUGACGCCGUUCUCUUCUCGGCCUUCCUCGCCGGCAUGAAGCGAUCUACCGGCCUGACUUUCAAGACUGACAAGGUCGCCGGUGAGAACAAGGAAUUCACCGGCUGGAUCGAUAGAUACCUCGGUGUCGGAGAAUGGGUCAUGGAUCAAUCCGUCGCGAUCGCAGGCUCCAGCGGCUACUUUGAGCGAACCCGAUGA